CGCCAUUCUCAUUAUUCAUAUUCCAUGCUUACUGCCAGGUGUCCACUAUCCCAGUGCCUGGUGUUAUCCUCGAUGGCUUUUUGUACUUGAUUUAUUCUUAUCACAUUACGUCGUUGUCCCUGGCUUGGAUUGCGAUCUCAAUCCUUGACAGUCCAGUCAACUUUUGACUGUUUAAUAAUCAUUAGAGAUGGCUUCUGCCCGUCAACGGACACGAGGGAUUACCUCGUCUCCAAUUCUCUCCUUCCUCGUCCUACCGUUCCUCCUGUUUUUCAUCGCCUUUCCCGCCCCGGCAGCUGCUGCUGGAUCCGCAGUCCUCGGUGUCGAUGUCGGAACAGAGUAUCUGAAGGCGACGCUGGUCAAACCCGGAAUUCCCCUCGAGAUCGUUCUAACAAAGGAUUCCAAGCGCAAGGAAUCCGCCGCGGUCGCCUUCAAGCCCACCGGAGACAAUGCGCCUUUCCCCGAGAGAUUCUACGGUGGUGAUGCGCUGUCGCUCGCGGCACGAUACCCGGAUGACGUUUACGUGAAUUUGAAACCAUUGUUAGGAAUACCGUUCAAUGGUGGGGAGGAGGAGAUGGUUAAGACAUACCACGACCGGUUUCCCGCUUUGCGACUCGAGAAUAUUCCCGAGCGAGGCAGCGUCGGACUUCGGAGCAACCGCCUUGGAGAGGCCGAAAAGAAGGAAGCUUUUCUUGUGGAGGAGCUCCUGGCUAUGCAACUGAAACAGGUCAAGGCCAAUGCCGACGAUAUGGCCGGCCAGGGCUCCGAUAUCAAGGAUGUCGUCAUCACGUACCCCGCAUACUACACUGCUGAGGAGAAGAGGAGUCUGCAAUUGGCCGCCGAACUGGCCGGCUUGCAUGUCGACGCGCUCAUCAGCGAGGGUCUUGCGGUUGGCUUGAACUAUGCCACUAGCCGCACAUUCCCUAUGGUUUCGGACGGACUCAAGCCUGAGUACCAUGUGGUUUACGACAUGGGCGCUGGCUCCACCACCGCCAGUCUCCUUCGCUUCCAGAGUCGCCAGGUGAAGGACGUUGGGAAGUUCAACAAGACCAUCCAUGAGGUGAAUGUUUUGGGACUCGGCUGGGAUAAGACGCUUGGUGGAGACGGCUUGAACGACCUCAUUGUCCAGGACAUGGUCGCGAACCUUGUCGAGGACAAGAAGUUGAAGGAUAAGGUUUCUAUCGCGGACGUUCGGGGACACGGCAAGACGAUGGCCCGACUCUGGAAGGACGCGGAGAAAGCUCGCCAGGUUCUGAGCGCCAAUACCGAGACCGGAGCUAGCUUCGAAAGCCUGUAUGAUGAAGAUGUCAACUUCAAGUAUCGCAUCUCGCGCUCGCGAUUUGAGGAGCUUGCUAGUCAGCACAUCGAGAGAGUGAGCAAGCCGUUGGAACAAGCUCUGGAGAACGCCAACUUGAAGUUGAGCGACAUCGAUUCCAUCGUCCUGCAUGGUGGCUCGAUCCGUACGCCGUUCGUGCAGAAGGAACUGGAACGAUUCUGCGGAGGAUCUGGCAAGCUGAGAACCAGUGUCAAUGCCGAUGAGGCCGCUGUCUUUGGUGCCGCCUUCAAGGGGGCGUCGCUCAGCCCUAGCUUCCGCGUCAAGGACAUCCGCGCAGUCGAUGUUGCUGGAUACCCCGUUGUACUGAAGUGGCUCUCGGACUCCAAGGAGCGACAGCAGAAACUGUUCACCCCGACUUCGCAAGUCGGUCCCGAGAAGCAAUUGACUGUGAAGAACCUGGACGACUUUGAGUUCAGUUUCUAUCAGCAGGUGUCCACGGACGGCGGUGUAACGGACCAUCCCGUCCUCGGUGUGCAGACGAACAACCUUACUGCCUCGGUGGCCAAGCUAAAGGAAAGCUUUGGCUGCGCUCCGGCUAACAUCACUACCAAGUUCUCCAUUCAGCUCAGCCCUGUCAAUGGACUUCCCCAGGUUGUCGGUGGCUCUGUAAGCUGCGAAGUCGAAGACACCAAGCAGGGCGGUGUUGUCGAGGGCGUCAAAGACUUUUUCGGCCUGGGCUCCAAGAAGGGCGAGCAGGUUCCCCUGGGCGAAGAUGGGGAACCCAGCGAGUCUAUCACCCUGGAAUCCGAGGAACCUCAAGCCUCGACGAGUACAUCCGCCGAUGAAGCAGCCUCUACGGCUUCUGCCAAAGAUAGCAAGAAGAGUGCGCCGCUUACCAAGGUGGAGAGCAUCCCCAUCAGCUUCACCUCUACGCCUCUCGGGACUCCUCGGCCGUCACCCGCCGAGCUCACCCGCAUUCUCAGCCGUCUGGCAGCCUUCGAUGCUUCGGACCGCGACCGCGUCCUGCGCGAAGAGGCUCUCAAUGAGCUCGAAGCUUUCAUGUACCGCAGUCGGGAUCUGUCGGAGGACGAAGAAUUCGUCGAGUUCCUCAAGGCCGACCAGCUGGCGGACCUCAAGGAGAAAGUAGCGGCUGCGAACGACUGGCUCUACGACGAGGGCUCCGAUGCCAAGACCGCAGAAUUCCAGUCGAGACUCCAGACCCUGAAGGCAAUUGUGAACCCCGCGCUGAAGCGCAAGCAAGAGAGCUCACAGCGUCCCGCACGCGUCGAGCUGCUGCAAGACGUCCUGAAGAACGCCAAAUCCGUGAUCGACCUCAUGGACAAGCAGAUCAAGCAAGACGAAGACCUCCACUCGUCUAGCGUCGCCGCGUCAUCCACCGCUCAAGCCGAGUCCUCCGAGUCCUCCUCUACUGCCACAGCCAGCGAGUCAGCCUCCACCGCCGACCCUCUCGAGGACCUUGAAGCCGACCCCUACGCGACCACCACCCAGUCCACGAAGACGACAACCACAACCACAACCGCGAAAGUCACAGGGCCCAAAUACUCCAUCUUCCAGCCCUCGGACCUCACCACCCUCUCCAAGAGCUACGAGACCGCCAAGGCCUGGUUCGAAACCCAGCUCGCCGCUCAGGAGAACCUCGCCCCAACAGACGACCCCACCUUCAGCGUCGCCGAGAUCGACUCCCGCCUCAAGGACCUAGAGCGCUCCAUGAACCGCAUCUAUGAAAAGAUGGGCGCCGCGGCCGCGCGGUCCCAAAAGGACCAGGGCAAGAAAAACGGCAAGAAGGAGCCCACCGCCGAGAAGGAGAAGGCGAAGGGGAAGGGCAAGGAAAAGGAAAAGAAACCCAAGGAUCCGAACCGCAAGGAUGAGCUUUGAUCUGAUCGUGUUGUGUAAAUCAUUUUUCCAUACAGCGCCGUCAUGGUUUUUUUGCUCGUUCCUGCUUAACUCUUAUCUAUAUCCUAUCUAUUCUUGUUGACUGAAUGAUGUUGGGGGAGUUCGGAAUCAGCGUUUCUUUUAUAAAAUAUUUCUUUUUUGACCACCUUAUUCUAAGUUUUCUUUUUGUGUUUGUGCUUGUAGUAUGUGGUGACCAUGUCGUGGAUGGGAAGGGAUGAGAUGAUUGUAUCGAUAUUUGGCUCCUUCUUCUUUUCCUCCGUGUGAUCUAUCUUGCCUCUGAUUCUGCUGCUUGGUUAUCUAUGUAAACUACCUUUUCUACCUAGACAAUCUUGAUCGUCUGUCCAUGCAGUG